AUGCUCGUAAGCUCGUAUAUACAUCUUCGUUUAACACCGCGAGAAAGUGCUACUACUUAUACUGUAAAAUUGCUAUUUUUAAAUGUAUAUGAUAUAAAUGUAAAAGAAAUCAAAAUGGUCCGGUAUCUAUUCUACAUGGGUUAUAUUGGUACACGUUACAGAGGAGCGGCAAAACAAAUAGGUUGUGAAAGAUUAAUCGACGUAGAUUCAGUUCAAGGUGCAAUUGAAGCAGCAUUAUCCACUACCUUAAAACCUAGAAGUAGAUGUUAUCCUAAGGUACAAAUUUCAAGCAGAACAGAUGCUGGUGUUCAUGCACUUUUUAAUACUGCUCAAGUGGAUUUGGAGCAUCCAACAGAUCCGUUUUAUGAUACAGAAACGAUCAUCCGAAGACUUAACGCAUGGUUUUCCCGGUGUGGUCAUGAGAUAAGAAUAACAACAAUUUAUCCUAUUACAGACGAUUUUGAUCCUCGUAGAAAUGCUAAAUCACGAAGUUAUUUCUAUCGUUUAAUGGUUGCAAAAAAUUUCCAUGAGCAUAAAGUACCAAUUUCUGAAUUACAACGUGCUUGGCAUAUUAGAGGUGAAAAUAUUGAUAUCGACGCAUUAAGAAAUGCAACAAGACUUUUUAUGGGAACGAAAAAUUUUGAAACAUUUGCUGGUAAAAACCGUACAAAUAGAGAAAUAAGAUACGUAAGGAGUUUAAAUAGUUUAACUAUUGAUUCAGCAGCUCCUUUUAUGCCAUUUGAUCCUUUGUCAGAUCGUUUCCAUUUUUGGCAUAUAAAUAUUAGUGCACGUGCAUUUCUCUACAACCAAGUGAGAAAAAUAGUUGGAGCUCUGGUGGGUAUUGCUUCCGGUAUUAUUAAUGAACGGGAUAUUUUAACAAUGUUACACGUUCCAUCAAAUCUAAAUUGGGAUCCAAGAAUUCAAAUGGCACCACCUCAAGGAUUGUUUCUUAAGAAUAUUGAAUAUGAUCAAGAAGAAUUAGCCAACUGUAUUUUAAAAACUCAAGAUGCCCCACGACCAAGACUUUUUAAAUUAUAAGAUGGAUUUUUCGAGUCUUAUUAAAAAUCGUAAGAAAGUAUUGAAACCGACAAAAACAAUUGUAACAAACACAUCAGGUGAAAAAUUUGAAAUUUCAAGUGGUAUUGUUCGUGAUUUAGGAAUCAAAGUUUCGCCAUUUAUUAUUGAUGAUAAACCAAAUCUCAAUAUAGAUAUGAUAAUUCCUGGUUUAUUUCUCAGCUCGCAAGAUCCAGUUAUCGACCUAGAUAUUUUAAAUUCUCAUAAAAUAAAACAUGUUUUAAGUUUGGGAAUUGAUCCUGACAUUAAAUUUCACGGGAUAAACUAUUAUUACGUUAAUAUUCUUGACUUACCUGAAUUUGAUUUGCUUGAAGUGUUAAACAACUGUAUAGAAAUAAUUCAUAAAAAUAUAAAUGAAAAUAUUUUAGUACACUGUAAUGCUGGUGUAUCAAGAUCACCGACAAUUAUAAUUGGAUACUUAAUGGCCUUAAAAAAAAUAUCCUAUAGCCAGUCUUAUGAAAUUGUUAAAAACAAACGCUACAUUCGUCCAAAUGAUGGUUUUGUUAAUAAAUUAAUGAAUCUUCAACAUCAAGAUCUACCUCAGGUUGACAAAAUUAACUAA